AGUGAAAGCAAACUUGAAGGACGUACUCACGACUGAAGCACGACCCAUUAAGCCGAGUACGAGCGGGGGGAGAAUGGCAAGGGGAACUUCUGAGGAACAUGACUGUGGAAACGAAUUGGAAGACCCUGGGCAAGCAAAAUGAAUGCGAAGAAGCUCAAGGACGGCAAGAGCGACUGAAACAACCUUCAAAGAAGGUUCUAGUCAAAGGAAAGAUAAAGCCGAAGAAAAAGAAACAACGUGACUUGAGUCUCUUACCAACGUUGCCAUUAGAUAUCCUAUUUGCUAUCUUCAACACGUUGAUCUCUCGAGAUCUUAUCAAAUUUUCACGGGUUGACGCUAUGUUGCAAUUGCAGUGGGGCCUAUGCAGAUCUCUGGCGGCAUCACUGCUCGUGCUAUGCCAAUUUUUGCUACCUCAGCUUUCAGGAUGUCGGCAAGCUAUACGAGUGUAGAAGCAACAGCAAUAUCACCUUUGACUCUGAAAGGUCCGCUAUAGCUUCCUCUUUGGUAGCCAUGGUGUCACGCGACCUUUCCAUCACUACCAUAGAAGAAAUGGACCCUUUCAAGGGCGCAUUCCUGUACAUAUGU